AUGCAUCCAUCAAACGGAAAUAAUCAAUCAACAUCUGAAAAUGAAAAUAUUCAUUCAUCCACAUCUGAAAAUGAAAAUAUUCAAUCAUCUACAUCUGAAAAUGAAAAUAUUCAAUCAUCAACGUCUGACACAGUAGUCUCUCUCCCAGAAUUACAAAUAUCACAAUUCAUUAUCGAAAGCGAAAAUGAUCAAACUUUAACUCCCGAUACUGCAAAUUCUGAUACUCCAAUCUUACGUCGAGCUCAACUUAGAAACGGAAACGAAACUGCUCGAAUAUCUACACAUGGUAGAAUAGCUACUGAUACUUUUCCACUAUCUCAUCUAUCAAAGAUUAUAGAUGAAAGUUUAGCUUCUAGUUCAUCUUCUUCUAGAACAAUUGUUUCUGAAGCUCGUUCAUCACUGAAUUCUCAACUGGAUACACUAGUAUAUGGUGCAAUAAUUAAAGAUGAUGUUCAAUCUCUUGCAAAGGUUUUAAAUGAAUUUCCCGAUUAUGAUUUAAAUCGUCUUAUUAAUCCUACCUUUCCAGAAAAUAAUGAGUCUAAUAAAAAUCAAGAUAGUCAUAAGACUCCUUUAAUGAUUGCUUCUUCUCUAGACUGUCAAAUGACAGUAAAUUAUUUGUUGAAGGCGGAUGUUGAUGUCGAUAUGCAAGACGAAUCUGGUGAAACUGCUUUAUUUCAAGCUGCUGCUGCAGGAAAUGCUGAUGUAGCAAAAAUUCUGUUAAAAUAUGAUGCAUCGGUUAAUCUAUCAAACAAUAGCAGCGUAUCUCCACUUAUGAUAGCAGCGUAUCAUGGACAUUCUUAUGCUUGUAGAAUAUUAUUAGAUCGUGGUCGUGCAAAUAUUGAUCAAAGAGAUAUGACUGAGAAAACCGCCAUUUCAUAUGCUGCUCAUAAUGGGCAUGGCCUUUCUGUGGAAACUCUUUUAACCAGAGGUGCUAAUCUUGACAUUGUUGAUAUGUACCAUUGGUCACCUUUAAUGUUAGCGGCGUAUAAAGGGCGAGCAAAUAUAGUCCGCCAGUUACUCUUAGCAAAUGCUGAUAAGAAUUUAAAGACCGCUAAUGGGAAAACUGCUGCUCAGCUUGCACGUGAUGGUGGCUACCUACAUGUUUCUGAUAUGAUAGAGAAUUUUAUUAUGCCUGAUGAUAUUUAUGAUUCUCGUGAUUCAAGAGUUUUAUCAGAUUCAAUGGUCGAAAAAGGUGAUUUUAAAAGAAGAAGGAGUGUUCAAAUAUCCACUCAACUUGCACCAAGAAAGUCUAACUUUUCUAUUAAUAAUGGUCGACAAAUAAGUACCCUUUCAAGAUUAUCCACAGAAUUGGUUCCAAGAAAAGGAAAUACUUGGUGGGUUUACGUAUCAUGGAUAUUAUCCUUUUUAUUCUUGGAUAAAUUCUUAGUCAAAUUUGGAGGAAUGGAUAAUCCUCAAUUACGACAAGCUUGGAGAGAAAAAUUCGCUUUAUGUGUUAUUGUAGCUUUAGCUUCUAUAUUUGCUUCUUUAUUGACAUUUGGUUUCUUAGCAUUAAGUUGUACAGAACCACCUCCAAUUCCAAAUUCUUUUGCUGGUGAAUUAUGGAGUAAUUCAACAAACUCAAAUUCUGCUUUAGUCAUGAUACUCCGUGGAAAAAUUUAUAGAACUGGUGAUUAUUUUAAUUCCGGUCUUCAUCGCCCAAUCUUACCAGAAACUGAUAAUACGUUAUCUGGAAUCAUUAAUCCACUUUUUGGAAAAGAUAUUUCUCAAUUUUUUCCUUUGAACAAUGUGGCUAUUGGUUGUAGAUUCCAACCUUCUAAUGUUAAUCCUUUAAAUUUAUGCCCUUCAUUACCAAAUGAUUCAAGAUAUCAUUGUCAUACUUCAAAAAAUUCAAUGCGUACUUUAGAAAAUUUAUCGACUAAUCGUUAUGUUGGCUUUUCAUGGGAUGAGAUAUAUUCAAAUACUAGUAAUAGAAAAUUAUUAGUAAAUCAAAAUUUUGUAUAUGAUUUCACAUCAUAUCUUGAUUCAUCAAAUAAUGAUCUAUGGCUAGGUGAUGAUAAAAAUCUUACACGAACUUGGUUAGAAAGUCUAAUCGGUCAUGAUGCAACUUUAGAAAUAGUUAGAACACCUUCUCAAAGUGAUGUGGUGAAAUGUUUCGACAACUUUUUAAUAGGAAAGGUUGAAGGUGUCUCAUAUGGUUGCGCAACAAUGACAUUAACUCUUGUGGUAGUAACUACGAUAACAACAUUUUAUGGGGUAUUAAAGUUAUCAUCAGGUUUUAUUUAUGAUAUAUACCUUACAAAAAAACUUGGUUUACCCAACUCAAUUUCAGAAGAUAAACAAAAAUAUAUGAUAAUAACUAUUCCUUGUUAUAGUGAAGGUCGAGAAUCUUUAAAGAAUAGCUUUGAUUCAUUGGCUGCCGCAGAUUAUUCAGAUCAACAUAAAUUAUUUUUCAUAGUUGCUGAUGGUAAUAUUACAGGAAGUGGUGAAACGGAAUCUACUCCUGAUAUUUUAAAAAGUCUUGUCGUACUCCUUGAUGAUACUGUUCCAAAACCGGCAAGUUAUAUAGCAAUUGGUCAAGGUGCAAAACGUCAUAACAUGGCACAAGUUUAUUCUGGUCAUUACCAUUAUGAAAAUCGUCGUAUUCCUACCAUCCUUGUAGUAAAAUGUGGAACACCUGCUGAAAAAGAUUUACCUAAAGCUGGAAACCGUGGUAAACGUGAUACACAAUUGGUAUUGAUGAAUUUAUUGAAACAUGCAUUUCACAAUGAACCAAUGUGUGAAUUGGAAUUUGAAAUGUUUGAACAAGUUAGAAAAUUAACGGGAGUAACGGUAGAUCAAUAUCAAUUAGUAUGUAUGGUUGAUGCCGAUACUAUUAUUGAAGAAAAAAGUUUAACCAGAAUGGUAGAAUGUAUAAACCAGGAACCUAGUAUUACUGGAAUUUGUGGUGAGACUAAGGUUUUGAAUACAACUGAAAAUUGGGUUACCAUGAUUCAGGUCUUUGAAUAUUAUAUAUCACAUCAUCUUGGAAAAGCUUUCGAAGCUAUAUUCGCUUGUGUGACUUGUCUUCCUGGUUGUUUCUGUAUGUACCAAAUCUAUUCUUAUAAUGAUGAAGGUUACAAGAUUCCAAUCCUGAUCGACGAUGCCAUAAUGAAUAAUUAUACAACAAAUGAGGUUGAUACGUUACAUCAAAAAAAUCUCUUACUUCUUGGCGAGGAUCGAUACUUAACUACUUUAGUCCUUCGCGCAUUUCCACAUUGUAAAACUAUGUAUUGUUCAUUAGCUGUUUGCCACACUAUAGUUCCCGAUUCAUUCUCCGUAUUAGUUUCACAACGUCGUCGUUGGAUAAACGGUACACUUCAUACUCUAUUGGAACUAAUAAUAUCACCCGAAUUACCAGGAAGAUUUUGUUUUUCAAUGCAAUGCGCGUCAUUUCUUGAUUUAUUUGGAUCAGUGACAGCACCGUUUGCUUUCUUGUUCACAAUAUACCUCGUUAUUGGAUUAUUGGUUGGUCAACCAUAUCAACUACAGCUUUUCUUGAUAAUAAUUGCGGGUCUUAAUCCGAUAAAUGUUUUAUGGUUUCUGGUUUAUUUAACAUCUGUGCCAGUUUGGAAUGUUCUUUUGCCUCUAUAUUCAUUUUGGAAUUUUGAUGAUUUUACGUGGGGUGCAACACGAAAAAUUGAAGGUGCAAAUCCUGGUCACGAUAGUGACCAAACAUUUGAUAAAUUUGAUCCUAAAAAAAUCGUAUAUAAAAGAUGGGAUGAAUGGGUGCUUUAUAGAAGCUCUAGAAAAAAAACACUUCGUAAAAUAACAGAAUAA